AUGACAAAAACCGUCCCCACAUACGAGAAGCCGCUCUUUGACUCCUUGACAAAGUUAUAUAAGAGCUUGUCUGACCUCAAGAAUAACAGAACAAGAUAUAUCAGUUCCAAACAAGUGUAUGUGAUAUACGAUGAGUUCUUAAAGCAGGUCCACGAGCUCACCAUUGUCCGCAAGGACGAAGAGCUUAAAGGUAUGAGCCUUAAUCUUCCAAAUCCUUCCGAUUCCCUUAUUGAUGAUAUCUGGCAGUUAUUAUCGCUUUCUUUCGUCACUUGUGGUCUCAUUAAGUUCGCCCCCGCCACAUACUCCUCGCUUAGUACCGUGUCGAAGCUUCUUACACAUUUGAAGGAAUGCCAGAUUUACAGUUUUGAUGACUUGAAGCCGAUUAAGGCUAGAUUAGACGAGAUUAAAGACAUCAUUGAUACAAGUGAGGAUGCCGACGACAGCAGCUCCGACUCUGACGAUAUGAUAGACCACAAGCGUGAAGAAAGCUUGUUACUCAGAAACAAGUUGAACAAGUGUCAACAAUUAUACCUGGAGCUCGAGGAUUCGUUUAGAAGAAUACCCGACGACUUAGAACCAGCGUACGGCAAACUCAUCCAGAUCAGGAAAGUCUUGCUCAAUUAUUUAACACACCAGCAGGACGAUUCUGGAAAAGUGAAUGAUAAGAUCGAGGAACUCGAGGGCAGUUUGAAGGAAAUUGAAGAUGAGAGAGACGAAAAUGGUAAGUUUCAAAGUAAAGUUGCUUCCGAGUCUGAACUACACACCACGCAAAUUGUCCUUAAUGCAUUAUUGGACGAUUGCCAUAACUUGAUCAAAGACUUGAGUAUUCAGCAAGAUGCCACUGAGAUUUCUAACCUUUUCGAAGGCUUAACCCUCGACAAGCCUGAACAUGAAGAUAUCGAGAAAGUCGCCAAGGAGAUCAAGAGCGUUUAUGACGAGUUACUCACGUUGAGGCAAACGUUAGAGAACUUACUCAUCACUCGCAGAUGGACUAUGCGUGAAACAGACUUAUACACUUACCAGAAGGCAUUGAAGAGAAUAGACGAGCAGAGACUCGACUUCAACAAACGCAUAGAGACUUCUGUUAGUGGUCCCACGCCCAAGAAGCUCAAGCGUGCUCAGCUCUUGGUUCUUUACCUUUUGAGAAGGUGCUAUUCAUUAAUCUACAAGCUUUUAGAGAGCUCGGAACCGGUGUCCGAAUCUCUUCAGCCUAUACAUAACCAGUUGCUGACAGUGAGAAGAUGUCUUUUAGAGAUUAAGCGUGUGGAUGGUUUGAAUAAUCUCCGUGAGUUAUACCCCUUCCAGUUUAAAUUGGCUUCGUUGGAUAACCUCAGAGACGACGGUAAGUUUAUCGUGAAUGGGCAAGUGCCUGAAGGUCAAGGUACUCUCAAUGCGCUAUUAGCAGAGUGUUUUGAUAUCAUUCACGAGCUCAAGAUUGAAUUAGAAGAAAAAGAGGACAACGAAGAUGAACAUGAGGGUACUGAAAACGACCACAUUACCGAUGAAGAGGAUAAAGAAUCUGAUGACGAAGUUGAAUUAAAGAGAAACCGGUAUGUAGGCUUCAACGAGGCCGACUACGAUAUGGCAUACGACAGCGACAACCUCAGCAACUUGUCGGAUUCUGAGUUCGAAAGUAACGACUAUUACUGA